UAUCGGGAACACCCAAAAAAAUCCAGAGAGCUUUCCUUUUCCAUGGGUAUCUGACCAUUAAAAAAUAGAAUAUCCCACUGAUUCCCUCACUGACCAUUCACGCCCAAACACAUGGAGUGGAAUGGAACUACCUCCUAAGUCCUAUCGCAGCAGCAUAAGUUUCAGUGGUCCAGUCAGACCUCCCAAACUUCUGCAAUGGCGGUUCUGACGAAUGGGUCUUCGUUACGCCCGCCCCUACAAACGUGCCAAUCCUCCAGACCACGACACUUGAACCAUUCGAACAUUAUCAUUGUUCGUCGCCGAGCAUUCUCACAAGAUUCGAAAGGCACAAAUUUGCCCCAAUUCUUCAAAUCCUCAUCUUUACUAGUUAAAAGCUUUCAGGGUGAAGAUGCAGAAAAUUAUGAAGCUGCAAUAUCGAGGAAUACUCCAGAGGGACAAAAUAAAGUUACUGACAAGGUAUUUGAAAAUCUGGAAAAUAAAACUGCCGGUACAGAAAGUUCAUUCUUGGCAAAAUUAGCAAUAGUGUUGGGCAUAGCUGCAACAAUUACAUUAGUAUCUAUUGGCCUCAAGCAGCCUAAUCAAGGUAGGUUGCUUGGAUUUCCAUAUCUUGCUGAUGCUUCAUCCUCUUCCACUCUUGCUGCUCCUGCUGUUGGUUUCACUUUUAAAGCUUUUGGAUACAGAGUUGUACUUCCAGAGUUUGCCCCAGGAUGGAUCUACUUUUGGCUCUUGAUGGCCGCAGGUUGUGGACUUUUCAUUAGUGAAGAAGCUCUAAAUAUAUGGGUCUGUCCUUUGUACUGGUAUUUCUGUUUCACAGACUUUAGAACUCUUACCUCUCUAGAAUUGGGUUUUCUGUUUUUUCUCCAGCACGUUAUCUUUUGAAUAUAAUGUCAUUUGCUGGUUAAUGGUGUAGGUUGGCAUCUCCAUAGCAAGGAUGCUCUCUUUGGAAGGGACAUGGCAGUCCUUUGUUGAGUCAUUCUCCAGAAAUGCUUCAUACAU